AUGGACGGUGGUGGCAGCGCCAUGGAGCAUGGCCGCACAACUUCGAUGUCGGGGCAGGUGGGCUCGGGCGUUGAACGGCUCCACGGGAGCAGCAGCAUGCGGCGCAUCCAGUCGGGCUUGGGUAGUGCCCCGGCGCCAGACGCACGCGCUGGUUUCCGGCAAGCUGGACAUGGUGAUGGAAGUGCACCCUAUGUUAGUAGACUGAGCAUCGAUGAAGCCAAAAGGAGGGAAAAUGUCAACCCCGACAAUGAAGAUAACAUUCUGAUGGGGAAUGGUUCAGCUCCAAGAGAGACAGCUUGGAAAGGGCUUGUAAGCAAUGACAUCUAUUAUAUUUGGAACCAUGGCCCGAAGUUUGGUGGGGGGUUUGAUUGUCGGUACUGCCCCCUAAUCACUAGAGGAGGAGGUGCAACCCGCUUUAGGGAGCACCUUGGAGGUAUACCAGGUGAUGUGAGGGAGUGCCCUAAUGUUCCAAGAAAUAUUCGUGCUGCAAUGAGGGAAUCCCAGGAUGACUCAAUGCGGAAGAAGAGGGAAAAGAAAAAUCGUAUAUUUCGUUUGGAAAGGGAUAUCAUGGAAGGGUUGUACCACGGAGAAGGGGUGAUAAAUAUUGAAGAUGAUGAGGAAGAGAUCCAGGCCGCACUUCGGGAGACACUAAGAGACAAGAAUGUCUCUCGCGCAGUUGAGAGGAGGCGUGGGAGUGGCAGUGGUGUUCGUGUGUCUCUUGGGAAACAGAGUAUCACAACAUACUUUGACAAGGAAUUGUCGAGCAACAAAGUAUCAAUGCAGCCAAAGAUCAGCACUGCUUUGAAUGUUGAGUCAAAAGAUGUACUUGGCCAAGCUUGGGCAAAGUUUUUUCAUGCUAAUGACAUUGCUGGUCUGAAAGCAAAUUGUCCCUAUUUUCGUGCGGCUGUCAAGAUAACUCAAAACCUUGGCCCAGCUCCUGUUCCAACUGCCAAGGAGAUUGAUGGGAUAUAUUUGGACAAGAAUUAUGAAGAAGUUGAGCAGUGGCUGAAGAUGUUCAAGCAAGACUGGAGGAACUAUGGUGUAACUGUGAUGUGUGACUCAUGGACAGGGCCUACUGGUAUGAGUCUCAUCAAUUUCAUGGUGUAUUGCAAUGCACGGAUGUUCUUUCAUAAAUCCAUUGAUGCUUCUGGUCAAACUCAGACUGCAGAGUUUAUCUAUAGAGAGAUCAGAAAGGUCGUUGUGGAAGAGAUAGGUUCUGAGAAUGUUGUUCAAAUCAUGACCGAUAAUGGGUCAAAUUACAAGAAAGCAUGUAAAACUCUAGUAGAACAACCAGAGUUUAGUCAUAUUGUUUGGCAGCCAUGUGCUGCCCACACUGUUAACCUCAUGCUUAAGGAUGUUGCUAAGUUUCGUGAGAUGGACGUGAUAGUUAAAAGUGCUAAGCAGAUCUGUAGAUUUUUCUACAAUCACAAUAACCUACAUGAUAGCAUGAAAAAGAACAUUGGUGGUGAACUCAUAAAACCGAAUGCGACCCGGUUUGGAACGGUGUUCAUGUUCUUGGAGAGUUUCCAUUGUAAGAAAGAUGAGUUUAGGAAAUGGAUGGUGUCCGAUGAUUGGAAGGGAAGUACUUGGAACGGUGCUGCUGAUUAUGUGUUUGCUGAAGAGCUGCUAUCUAGUAAUAUGUGGUGGGCAGCUUUAGAGUGGGUUCUUGUUGUGCUAGAGCCACUCUAUAAAGCCCUUAGAUAUGCUGAUACACAAAAGAGAUGCACCCUAUCUGGAUUCAAGAAGAGUAUGAUGACAGCCAUACAAAAGUUGGAAAGUCAUCUUGGUGGUGGAUCACAAAUGUUUCAUAGAGUCAUGAGCAAGGUGUCCAAGAGGAUCGAUGCUAUGCAAGAAGGCACACUAUUGGUUGCAGCUGCUGUCCUUGAUCCUUACACACAUCAUCAGAUCAACAUGAGCAAGAUUAUGGACUAUGCUCUUACACUAACAAAUGCCAUUGAGAAGAUCGCAGACCCUGAGACCGCUGUUUUGGCCAUUGAUGAAGUCAGCACUUACAGGGAAUGUCGUGGGAGGUUUGGCUCAAGGCUGGCACGUUCCUCUGCAGAGAAAAUGUCACCAACUGAGUGGUGGUUCCAAUUUGGAGGGGAAGUUCCUAAUCUGCAGAAGUGUGCCUUGAGGAUUGUAUCACAAUGCGUUUCGUCAAGUGGCUGUGAGAGGAAUUGGAGCGCUUUUGCUUUGGUCCACACCAAGCAAAGAAACCGUCUUCUAUAUGGCAAGCUGCACAAGCUUGUAUCUGUGCGCUACAACUUGAAGAUACGUGCUGAAGAAGAAGAAGACCCGGUGAGAGAGAAUGAUAAGCAGAAGGAAGUUGAUGCAUGUGCAAUGAUGAUGGAUACAACCAUGUUUGAUGCAACAAAUCCUAUGAUGGAAUGGUUGAAUGAGGAUGAGGAGCAUGCAAUCUUGGAUGGAGUUGAUGUUGCUAGUGUCGUAUUUGAGAAAAUACGUUUUCUUAACUCAAGUAGGAAAGUUUCUCGUCUUGCAAGGAAGGACAAUGGCAGGAAAAGAAAGAGGGUAAAGGAAGAAGAGGAUGACUACCAUGAUAGUGAGGAUGAUGAUGAAGAAAAUGAGGAGCUGGACCUGGAAAUUGAUGAUGAUGAUGAUAGCCAUGAUGAUGGUGCAAGUCAAUCUGAUGGAGGAGAUUCGCCAAUGCAAGUUGAAAAGGAUUUAACAAGCCAAGUUGGAAACAAUGUUGAUGUAACAAGUGAUGGUAGUUUGGUGAACCGUAGAUCUGAACGGGUUAGGCAAGCAAAGAAGGUCAAGGAGGUCACCAGCCUUUACAAUUGA